GCCCGGAACUGCAGCACCUCAUCUUCGUGAAGGGCCACUUGCUGCGAGGGCUUUGUCACGCAGUUCUGGGCGAGGGCUCCUGCGGGGAUCGAUGGCACGACCUUUUGCAGAACGUGGAGCCAGACGGACGAUCCGGCCGCAUUGCGAAGAGCCAGGUCCCACAGCGACGCCCCCGGCAUCCGGGUGGCCUUGGUUCGAUGGUGCCGGUGGUACGAGCGCUGUCUGAGCUGGAGGACUCGGCCAAGGAGUCGAAGGCUCCAACCCGACAGCCGCUCGCCGAGAAGCAGAUACAUGAGGUACCCGUGGAUCGGAAAGUGAAGGCCUCUGCGAAGCCGCUGCUGGUUCAGCUUCUCGCGGCCACGAGCCUUUGGCCACAGGUCUUGAAGGCCCUGCCGCCGGCACCUCCUCUGGGAGACCUGGCUGCCCCGUUCCAGCAGGCACCACGGAAGCCGGCGACCUCCGUGGGCUUCGACAUCUGA